AUGCACCACCAUCAAUGUGUAUGUGUCGUUGUCAGCAGAGACAAUAACAAUGACAUUAAGAACGAGGAGCUUCAUGGUGAAGUUUGCAGGGAAUGUAUAAAUAAGAAGCUAAUAGAUGAAAAUUUACAGCACUGUCCAGUGUGCAAGGCAGACUUGGGUUGUUCUCCUUUAGAUAAAUUAAGGGGAGAUCACAGCCUGCAAUACUUGAGGGAGAAAAUUUUCCCAUGUGAAGGAAAAAAUGCGAAGGUUCCUCAAAAUGGUGCUUCAGUUAGACCGAAAAGAAAGAAGAAGAAUUCUUUAUCUUCAUUAAAAGCCAAGGCAAGAAGAGCAAAAGCUGCUGCAAGAGAAGCUUCUACUCCACAAGAACCUGUGCUUUCUGCUUCUACUCCACAAGAACCUGUGCUUUCUGCUUCUACUCUACAAGAACCUGUGCUUUCUGCUUCUACUCCACAGGAACCAGAGCUUUCUGCUUCCAUUCCACAAGAAUCAGAGCUUUCUGCUUCUAAACCUGAUAAAGUGGAAGAUGUAAGCCAAGGUACAAAACAGUGUGGGAUAAAUAUUUUGGAUGAAGUUUCUACAAUUCAAUCUGCAAGAAGAGCCAAAGCUGCAGCAAGAAGAAAAUUCAUUCGAUGUGAAUUAACUCCUACUUCUCAACCCGACAAAGUAGUAACAGAAGAUAAAAAGAAAGAUGAUGACCCUCUCCAGCUUGAAACUCCCUCAGAGACUUCAAAUACCAGAGUUCAGAAUUCUUCAGAACCAGAUUCAAGUCAACAAAUAGAGCCCAACAAGAUUUCAGGGGAGAGAACAGAGUUAUGGAACGAAAAUGUUGAUGUCCACGAGCCAUUGAAAUGCAUAGUGGAAGCUGCAAGCAAAAAAAAGUCUCGUAUCAAGUCCACCAUGCAAGAAAAUGGUGUCAUUCCACUGCUUGUUGACUCUAGUGACAAUGACUCCCAGGUUUCUGAGGUCGAAGUUAAGACACAUUGUCACCAAAUAAACAAUUCUGGUGAUCAAAAUGAGUUUCCUCCUCCAAAGUUGAAUACCUUCGAUCUUAACCAGCUUCACAUCACCGAAGAAAGAACAGCCAAAAUCUCUGAGGACUUGAAUGUUCCAGCACAACCUGAGAUUGAUUUGAACAGUGAAAGCAGCAAAGCAUUUGGUCCAAUCUGGUUCUCUUUGGUUGCUUCUCAAGAGAAGGAAGUAGGUGCACGAUUGCCACAAAUAACUUCCUGCUACAUAAGGGUCAGGGAUGGUAGUUUACCGGUCUCGUUUAUCAAAAAGUAUCUCGUAAAGAAGCUUUAUCUUGCUAGUGAAACCGAGGUGGAGAUCUCACUACAAGGACAGCCAGUUUUAUCUUCAUGGCAACUGCAAAACUUAGUGGAUUUUUGGUUACAAACAGUGCCAGCCAAUGAGAGGAUCCAGACAUCAAUUGGAAGCUCAGCUAAGGAUUUUGUCAUGGUCCUUAAGUACAGUCGAAAGACUUGAGAGCUCAUAAAACUACCUUGCCAUGCUUUUCUAAGGAAAUUUAAAAAAUUUCUGUUUUUUGAAGUCGAAACCCCACAUAUGCUUGAUUGAGUGCUAUGUGUGGUAUAUUGUUAGAAAGAUAGGGAUGUAUUAACUCAUAGAAAAGCAUUUCUUUCACAUUCAUUUUUUACACCUCAUUCUCUAACCUUCAUUUUGUUGGAAAGGAGAGAAAGUACAUUUUCCCCUCUUUUUUCUGUUAAGGUCUAAAGGGUGAGGGUAGCUGUGAAAAUUGUUUUAAGAAACAAGAACUCUAUUAACAUGGAGUAUAUUACUAUA